UGGUCUGGACAGCUCUUCUUGUACCCAGUGUGUAUCUCUUUUCAAAAAACUUGCCCAAGAAGGACGGACAAUCGUAGCCACUGUACACCAACCAUCCGCACUUCUGUUUGAAAUGUUCGACAAGUUGUAUGCUUUAUCAGAAGGAAAAUGUAUAUACGACGGAAGUACCAGUAAUUUAGUGAAUUAUUUAGCGAAUCAAAAUCUUCGAUGUCCACCAUAUCACAAUCCUGCAGAUUAUUUGAUGGAAGUUGCGAUGGGAGAACACGGGGCAGAUAUCAACGCUUUGGCAGAAACCUCAAAACUCGACCAAUCCGCUAGUAUUGAAUAUAAUAAUCAUAAGGAAAAAGAACACCUCUCUUCCGACUUGUUCGCUAAGAAGAAAAAAGGACUACCUUUGGAUGUUCCAAAUAUUGUACCUGCAGCAGUUAUUAUGCAAUUUUUACUACUUUACAAGAGGAAUUUAUUAACAACCACAAGAUCUUGGAGUGCACCGGUAAAUAGGAUUGUAGCGCAUAUAGUAAUCGGCUUUAUUUUUGGAUACCUUUAUAAGAAUGUUGGCAAUGCGGCAGAACAUAUUUUGGCCAAUUACAUUUAUUUAUAUGGUUCUCUACUUCUUACGGUCUAUACUGGAGAAAUGCCGGUCACCUUGUCUUUUCCGUUAGAAAUGAAGAUUUUAACCAGGGAGCAUUUUAACCGAUGGUACAAAUUGACUCCCUACCUGUUGUCUGUGAUAUUGAUUGAAAUACCUUUCCAAGUGAUUUGUACAUGGACCUACAUUGCAAUUUCUUACUGGCUAACUGAUCAACCUUUGGACUUCAGGAUAUUUUUGUUUGUACUAUUCGUUACAGCAUGUUCUCUAUGUGCUCAGUCCAUGGGAUAUUUCAUAGGGUCAACAACACCAGUCAAAGCAGCAGUAUUCGUUGCCCCGGUUUUGGCAUGCUUCCUGUCAGUGUUUGGCUUCUGCAUUCGAGAAUUGGACACCCCUGUACACUUCAAAUGGAUAUUCACUCUCAGCUACUAUAGGGCAGCCUUUCAGAGCGUCGUUUUCUCCGUGUACGGCCUCAACAGACAGAAACUUCCCUGUGCGGAUACCAGCGAAUAUUGCCACUAUGAGGAACCUAUGAAGUUUCUUGUUGAAAUGGAUAUUGUUGACAUCGAUUUGGUUUCCAAUUUCUCAUUGAUUGUAUUGAUGUGGUGUGUAAUGCACGCUGCUACAUAUUUAACGCUGUGGAUAAAAUUGAACAAGCGAUAAGGCUUGGCUUUUGCUUAGAAUUGAGUUGAUUUUCAUAAAUGUUUAUUUAUCACCACGAAGGAAAAGUUAAGUUUCUCACAAGUCAAGGUCGUGAAACGAAAUUUAUCUAACAUUUUCAAAAUUCACCCAGUUACCUAUUGAAUAUAAAAGUCAGCAAUGUCUAUUUAGCGAAGAUAUUGAAAAAAUUCUCACUACAAUAAUGAUAAAUUAUUCAACAAGUUUGUGAACAAAAUCAUUCGAGCUGGUACUGACCAUUUCUCCCGUGUUGAAUACAAUACUUUUUCUGUGACAGUUAUUUUUUGAAAUCUUAUAAAGAAGCAGUCUGAAAAAGCAUUUUAAAUUAUUUUCUACUUUUGUUAUUUCAUUCAAUUGUGAAAAAUUACGUGGUUUAAACAAAAUUGAAACUGCAGUCAGCGUGAAUUGCACACACGAUCAAUGUUUCACAAGCCUAGAGUUCGAGCACUGCUGUACCAAGCUUACGGAAAGGCGUUUUUUUUACCAGAAUUGAUUAGUGUAUUUCUGUAUGAUAAAUCUAAUUCAUCGGGCUUUUCAAAUGGUGUUUGAAUUACAAAAACAUAUAAUAUUGUUUUAGAUGAAAAUAAGAGUUGUGAGAGUUGUGAAACAAUCAAUUGGAAUGAGUAAAAUGUGAUAAUUUGCCUUUCAGAACUUUUGAAUUCAUUUAAGUAUGAAACAUUUUUUCGCGCUCAGAAGCGAUAAUUCUGUGACAUGGUCUUAUCCAUUGGCCUCCUGGUCUUUCUCUUCCUGAUCAAUUUUUUUCUGUUUUAUCAUUUGAAUGAAUAAAUUGAUAAGAAAUGAUUAUGUGCUGAUAGAAACACUCACUACAAAAAGUAACGAAAACAUUGGAAGCUAUCGAUGACAGAACUGUACUGAAAAGUGUUCAAACAGUUGAACAACGGACACAAAAAUGUAAGUGGUCCCUUUACAGAACAUUUCAUAGAAAUAAUUUUACUCAAUAAAUAAAAAUGCGUUAAUCAAAAUAGACAUGCAAUAUUCUCUUUGUUUUGAAAAAUAUUAGUACAGAUAUUAGACAUAUUAUGUGAUAGUAUUGGAUAAAUAUCGUAAUAGUAUAAGCUACCCGACCAAAGACGUUUCUCUCAGGUUCUAAACUGAAUUUGUUCAACUAUGAAAACACUUGAUUAGGAAAAUUUUUCACAGAAUAUAUGAAAGUCUUCAGAGCCAUCUGUAUGAAAAUAAAAUAGAAAAUUAUGAAAAUAUGUAUAACAUUAUUAAAAUAAACAUCACAAUAUUGCUUUGAUUCGUGAAUUAAAAGAAUUUCACAUAUCAUUGAAGUAAAAUUUCUUGAAUAUUGUUUUUUUUGCAACGAGUUUGAAAGUAUAUAACAUUAUAAUAUGCAAAUAAUUGAAAGUGAUAUGUGUGAUCCAAAAGUACGUUGAGUUUCAUAUACUUUAUACAUACUUUAAAAUUAAAUUCACAGAAUUAUUACUUCAAGAGAAAAGAAUGCUCUAUCUAUUCAACAGUUGCUAUUUUCGCAUAAGUAUAAUGAAAUAAACCUUUACUUGCAUGAAAUAAACAACUUUUCAUAACCCCAAAUAUGAACAAAGAACGUUGAAGUCCAUAUGAAACUGAAAUGUAUAGCUAACAGUAUUUGCAGCUUGGAACAAUUCGUAUUUCUUGCCUUAUUUUACUUCUUACUGAUAUCAGUUAUGGGUGUACUUCUAUUACAGUUAUGUAAAUCAUAUUUUUAGUAACAUGUUUUUUGUGUUUGUGUAAAUAUGUAAAAUCAAUUUCACUAUAUUGCUGUACCUACUAAUGAUUAAUUGGAAUUGCUGAAGUAAUAAUUCUUUACUAGGUACAUAUUUUUUAUUUAGUCUAUAGAUGCUGUUCAUUUUUCAUUAUUUUUAUUUAUAUAUUUAUCUUACAUGCAUAAUACUUAUGUUUUUUUUCUGCUAGUCAUAGUAUGUAAUAAAGUAGAAAGGUGGAUUGAACAAUUA